CCAGAGGGUAGUAGACAGCGACCACCAUAUAACAUUGACGAGACUGCCUGGCUAAGGAGACGAUACCCUUUCUACAUUACAUUUUACGCAAUUUGUGCCAACUUGCCAUCCAGUCUCACAAUAACAUGUCACUCCCAACGCAAUCCAUCGUGGACAAAGCUCAAGAAACGGCGACGAAACUUGCCACAGCCGUCACCGAAACUCUCAAACUGGAUGAUAAGCCUUCCCCUGCACGCCCAGACCUGCCAGUACUCUACAUAGACGAAAAGACCGGUUCAGACACAACUGGAAACGGUACAGAGCUGUCUCCUUUCGCAACACCUCUUCAUGCCUACUUGUCCAUCUCUCCAGCUCCAAGCACGGACGCAGACCCCACGUCAGCCGUCAUUCUUCUAGUGAGGAAAGUUGACUCUGCGGUACACAACGAAUGGGUUGAAUUGAGUGCUAGUGCGAAGAAAAAGUUGGUCAAGGGUGUUCAGGGUGUAAGAGCCAAAGAAGCUAAGAGGGCUCAAGAGGGAGAGAAGGCUGAGAGGGAGAAAGCGGAAGCUGCGGAGAGAGAGAAGAAGAGGAGGGAAGAGGCAAAAGGAGUGGUUUUAGUUGAUAGUGGGGAUGCUACCAAGAGUAAAAUCUUCGCUCUUCCAGAUCUCAUCGGUAAACGAGUUCGAUUCCAAGGUUGGGUACAUCGUUACAGACCUCAGAAAACCAACUACUUUCUCGUAAUCCGUGAUGGUACAGGAUUCGUUCAAUGUAUCUUGACUGGAGAUUGUAUUCGAACUACCGACGCAUUGGAUUUAACAGUAGAGAGCACAGUGGAAAUUUCGGGGAAAGUGGAAAAGGUCAAAGAGGGUCAAUCGGCCCCAGGUGGAAUUGAAGUGGUUGUUGAUUAUUGGAAAAUCAUCGGUUUGGCUCCUGGUGGAGAUGAUGCUUUUGAGGGAAGGUUGAGGAUUGACACCGACCCCUCUAUCCGAGCCGACCUCCGUCAUCUCGAACUCCGUGGAGAAACAGCCACCUCGGUCAUGCGUGUUCGUGCUGCUCUUCUCCGUGCUUUCCGAGAUCGUUUCCACGCUCGUCGAGUGAUAGAAGUCACUCCACCUUGUAUGGUCCAAACUUCCGUGGAAGGCGGAUCGACUUUAUUCGAAUUUGACUAUUACGGUGCAAAAGCGUACCUUACUCAAAGUUCUCAAUUGUACCUCGAGACUGUAUUACCGAGUUUGGGUGAUGUGUAUUGUAUUCAAGAAUCUUUCCGAGCUGAGAAGAGUUUGACCAGAAGACAUUUAUCAGAGUAUACGCAUUUGGAAGCUGAAUUGGUUUUUAUCAAAUUCAAAGAUUUGCUUGAUCAUAUUGAAGGAAUGAUAUGCGAAGUCGUAGACGUCCUUUUAGCCGACCCUUCAACAGCCGAAAUCAUUCACACUCUUCACCCAGAAUUCAAACCUCCUCAACGUCCAUUCAUGCGAUUAGAUUAUCGUGACGCUAUCACUUAUCUUAACGAACAUGAUAUCACAAAAGAAGAUGGUACUCCUCAUGUGAUCGGUGACGAUAUCGCAGAGGCCGCAGAACGUAAAAUGACGGAUCAAAUAGGUAGACCUAUCAUGCUCAUUCAUUUCCCGAAAAUCUUGAAGAGUUUCUAUAUGAAAGCUCUUUCCGACGCACCGGAAUUCACGGAAAGUGUGGAUGUUCUGGUUCCUGGUGUUGGGGAAGUAGUGGGUGGUAGUAUGAGGAUCAGCGAUUUAGAAGAAUUAAUCGCUGGGUAUAAAAGGGAAGGUAUACCUAUGGAACCUUAUUAUUGGUUUACUGAUCAGAGAAAGUAUGGUACUACCGAACAUGGUGGAUAUGGAUUAGGAGUUGAGAGAUUCUUAGCUUGGUUAUUGAAAAGAUAUACAGUUAGGGAAUGUUCUCUUUAUCCUCGUUGGAUGGGUCGUGCCACUCCUUAAAAUAAAUUUCGACAAAGAUAUGUUUGUGGAAUUCAUUGUGUAGAUAGAAAUGAUUAUGCAUUUCAUGUGAUCC